CUCGGAAUGGGGUAGAGAUCGUCCCGACCAACGCUCCCGGUACGGUGCUACUCCACCUCUUCUGAAGCGCAGCUCAGAUAGAACGCUCCAACUGGGAGGUGCAAACAACAAUCCGAAGCUCCGCACGCAUCUGUGGAUAUGUCGGGUGAUUUCUCAUAUAUUUGCGCGGAUCGUCUCUCAGGAGAUCAGUCGUAGCCGUCGUAUCGCGGCUCCCAGGGAGAAGGUGCCGAAACUCUCGAACUCGAGGUCGCAUCCCUGACGGGAGCGAUGGAGACGCUUCCGCUGGAGCUGCUCGAGCCGCUGCUUCUCUGUCUAGACCCGAUCGAUCGCGUUGACAAGGCUCUCAUCUGCCAUCGGUGGGCCGAAUGCAUGGUCGGAUCGUUGCUGCUAGACAAUGUCCCGCUCCGCCUAUGUGGGAGCACACUGCUGGCAGACUUCCCCAGCUUGAUGGAAAGCCGGCGUCAAUAUUCGCACCUACAUCUGACUAGAGUCUCUCUAUACGCCCUGCCUCCGGAGUUCUGGAUGAAAUUCGCGGGAAACCUCCUCAGCUUGCGGCUCAUCGACUGCUGCUUCUCGAACCAGGCCCUGAGUUUCGUCCUCGGUCAGUGUACGAGACUAGAGUUCCUGGAGAUCACUCGACCGCGGCUGUCCUCGAAAUUGGGGCAUAAACCUUAUGGCAGAGGUCCGCCGCCCAUCUCGUCAGCUUUCCGAUUCAAGGAAGCAGCUGACUCCGAUAUCGGAUCCGAGGAGGUCCGCAGAGUACUGCUCAAUCUCCGAGACCUAUCUCUGCACAUCGACUUUGAGGAUUGUUUGGGACUCGCCAUGGCCUCUCGUUUGUUGGAGUUGACGCCGAAUCUGGACUUCCUCCACCUACCAUGCCGAGCAUUCAGAGUGGUCCCUUACAUUAUUGCGAACCAGAAACGACUCACGAAAUUGAAUCUCCGUGCGUUCUCCUCCGAGGAACCAGGACUCGAAGAGCUUCUGAAGAGGAUGUCGGGAACUCUGAAGGAGCUAUGCUUGACCAACUGCGGUUCUGUUGUUCCUCGUACCUUCAACUCAGUCAAUCAGUGUGUCCAUUUACAGAAGCUGACCCUCAUCCAACCAACGGAGCUUUCGGAUAGUCAGAUAGGCGAUCUUCUUGCCAAGUCUCCACAGUUGACUUUCGUGCAGCUGGUUCUGGAAGUCGACCUCUCGGAUGAGAUCUUGACCCCGAUAAGCAAUCUGAAACACCUUCGCCAUCUUGAGCUCGUUAAUUCCAAGUCUUUGGAAAAUUGUAUAUAUCUCCAGUCCUUAGAGUCGACGCGCAUCCGAUGCGCCCCGAGGGUGUUGGAGACCAUAACCGAGCUGCAAGAUCUUCGAACCUUGAUGCUGGUCAACUUCGACAUCACUUCUGCAUUCCUCGAUAAGAUCAUAGAAAACUUACCAUUGUUGGAGCAUCUCCAAAUAAACUGCCAAAGACUCGCCGAUGAAGAAGGAGUCAAAAUUCGACAACUGCAGCAUCUGAGGAGCCUGAGUCUAUUGGGGGCUUUGUUUUUCCACGACGAGACCUUCAGCAAGGGCCUGGGCUCGCCGGUCAUGGAGAAACUCGAGCUGGAAGGCUCCCGUCUGACCGACCGAGGCUUCCGCAGUAUUGUAGCCCAUCACGGCCACUUGAGGAAAUUGAAGCUCGUGAACUGUCCAAACAUCAGCCUCAGUGGACUUCUGACUGCCCUUUCACGGGAAACUAACCUACACGAACUAGUGCUGUCCGCACGAUUCGCUGAUCACAAUGAGAAACCAUGGUUCCUUCGAUCCCUCACAGAUACAUGUCCACGGCUUCGUGUUCUCCAUCUGCUUCCGCUGCCAUAUCGGGAAGAAGCCGAGUUCCAGAUGCUUUAUCGCCGGACCUCCGCGGCUUGUUUCACACAUUAUAGCGAACCGAAUAUGAGUGAAUUGGAUCGGUCGUAUUUCAACGAUCUGUCAUUUUGUCCAUAG